AGCCUGAAUGCCUCUGGCCGGUCGUACACAGAAUCAUAUGUAGUGUACGGGUACGGUUAGGUAUUCCGGUCCCGGCGGCGGUCCGCCGAAAAGUUGUGCCUAAUUGUUAGCUGUAGCUAGCACUAGCAAAAACAAUUGCACUAUUUCACGGCGUGGAUGUGCUAACGGUUGCGCGUGCGUGGAGAUUUCUAUAGCAAUUUUUUCCUCUGAAGUAACGUUGCGUGUAUUACAACGCCACGUUCACGCCUUCAUGGGUCAUGUGGGUAGGCAGGGCUGAUGAGGUUAGCAGCAGCACCUUGUGGCCGUGGGUAUCCAGCACAGGGCGGAGCAAGGCAGCAACUGAAAAAGUUUGCUGUGAUGAUGAAGCUAGACCCUAUUACUGUGGAAAACCUCAUUGCAGCCCGAAGUGCCCUGAGGAUAUGGGUGAAUGCAGCCUUAGCGACAAAGCUUGCACAAUACCGGCAGACGCAUUGGUUCCAUUUGAGGAUGUUGAAAACCAAAAGAGGCAAUCACAGCUACUGCAAGAACCGACUCGGGAGCCGAUUGUUGAAGGGCAACCCGAUGGCCACUGUCAUGUUUUCCACGGCGAUUCAGUGAGGACCUUUGAUGGUCUGACCUACAACGUCCCAUUAAGGUGUCGACAUUUCAUGGCGAGCCUUCCUUCAUUCAACGUGGACUUCAUUCCUCAUUAUUCUUGUAGCAACAUGAGGUGCAAGGGUGCCGUGUCUAUAUCGAAUUCUGCAACAAUUGUGGAUUUGCUACCCGAUGGCGUUGUGCAUGUAAACGAAAGAAGGGUGAGUGUGCCAUUUGUGACUGCAUCCGGUAUGACAAUCUUCCAGGAAGGAGUGUACAAGGUCUGCCGUGGGAUUGACGAGACUCGAGUGUCAUUUGAUGGUAGUAAUGGUGUGAUCAUCGCUGUCAACAAAAUCCAUGAAUCGGCAUGGGAAGCAAAUGAUGCCUACAGCCUGUGUGGUAACUACGACAAGGAUCCCACAAAUGACCUCCGUGGCCACUCUGUCCAAGAAUUUGCUGACAAACUCAUGGUUCCAGAAGACGGUGUUCUUUGCACAAAGCCAGGAGCAAGCCUCCUUAAUCCGUUUGAUAACCUCAACGCAGUUAACAAGGGUAGAGUCCAGAGGGCCUGUGACGAGUUUGCCACCGACCCGCUAUUCCAGCAUUGCCGGUCCCUGCACAGCGUGCAGCCGUUCUACAAUUCCUGCUGGUUAACUCUGUCAAACGCUCUGCAGGAGGGCUUAAGCUUUGAUCAAAGGCUGUGUGAUGUCUUUGCUGAAUACUCCUUGGCAUGCUCGCGGUAUGGUGUACCUGUGGAGUGGAGGUCAAAAAACUUUUGUCAUGUUUCUUGUGACCAUGACAUGGUGUACACGGAGUGUGGAUCCGCUUUCCCUCAGACCUGCGAGACAUUUUUCUUUCCAGGGGACUCCGGAAAUGAAUGCAUUCCAGGCUGUCAGUGCCCAUCAGAGACUUACUUCGCCGGAGAUUCAUGUAUUGCCAAAGAUAGUUGCCCAUGUUUUCAUGAUGGUGAACCUAAUCCUGCCGGUGCCAUCAUGAAGGACGAAUGCCGAAACUGUGUUUGUUUUGAGGGUAAGCUUCAGAUAUGCACGACACACGCCUGUCCUGCCACCUGCACCAUCUUGGGAGGUCGCCAUUUUAACACCUUUGAUGGCAAAAGCUAUGAGUAUGAAGGCAACUGCGAGCACGUACUACUUCAAAAUGCAACCAGUGACGACCCAGCCUUCAGCAUCUUCAUGGUUAAGACUAAGUGUAGCAAUGAUGAGCCGCGAUGCGAUGACAUUCCGGACAUUAGCAUUACGACCCCAGAUGGGACUCAGUAUGGAUUGUUGGAAGCUGAUGCAGUGACAGUAAAGGACCACCACAACCAGCCAGCACAAGAGCUGAAAUUGCCGUACUUUCGGAUAGCCGACAACAGUACAAUCAGCAUUACCUGCGUGUCGUCCAUUUUUACACGAGUGUCCAUGCCGAUGCUUGGUAUAGAGCUUUUGUUGGGAAGUGACAACCGUAUCUAUCUCUCAGUUUCUGAGAAAUUGUUUGGAAAGGUGGAAGGUCUUUGUGGAACCUUCAACAGAAUAACUGCCGAUGAUUACCAACUACCCACUGGAUUUGUUGUGAGGGUAUCGCACCUCUUUGCUCCCUGGUGGAAGUCAGACUCCCAAUGCACAAAUGCCCUGAUUGAGGAGACUUUGGACUACUGUGAAAAGGAAAACAGCCGCAGAGACGAAGCUGAAAACACCUGCAGUCAAUUGACAACAGAGCCGUUCAAAGAAUGUGGCCUUAAAGUUGACCCCAAGGCCUACCUGGAGAUGUGCAGGGACGUCCGUUGCAAGGCCCCUUACUAUAAAGGGACUGAGUGCCUGGCCUUUGCUGCAUACUCUCGAGAGUGCGCCAAAAUGGGUGUUGGUAUUGACUGGAGAAGCCCAGAUCUUUGUUCCAUUGCAUGUGAGGGCGGAAAGGUGUACAAGGAGUGUGGCUCCAUGUGCAAGGUGUCUUGUCGAGAUCUGGGGAAUAGAGAUGACUGCCAAGAACAGUGUGUCCAGGGCUGCCAAUGCCCCAAUGAUAUGGUAUUCAGCGAAAGAUUAGACAAGUGUGUUCCCAUACCAGAAUGCCCAUGUCAUUUCAAGGGACGUCUUUACGAGCCUGGGACAUCAUGGAAGAGUAUUUGCAACAAAUGCACCUGCAAAAAUGGUGUUGUUGAGUGUACUGAGGACAUUUGCACUGCCGCUGGUGAUGAAUGCACGGGAAGCCAGGAGUACAUUGAGUGUGUUGAGUGCCAGCGUGAAUGCCAAAGCCUGCACCUGGCCUGCAGUGAGACCGAUUGCACCCCGGGCUGUGGCUGCCCGACUGGUACCGUCCGCACCGCCGACGACCAGUGUAUGCCAGAGACUGACUGUCCCUGCUACUUCAAUGGGCGAAGCUACAACCACCUAGACACUUUCUAUAAUGACUGCAAUCAGUGUUUAUGUUACCAUGGUACGAUAAUAUGUGGCAACACCGUAUGCCCAGCUACAUGUCGAGGAUACGGAGACCCCCAUUACAUGACAUAUGAUGGUCGGCUGUACGAGUUUCAGGGUGAUUGUAGGUACGUCUUAACAACGGAUGGCUGUGGCCAGGAUGGUAGUACCAGUAUCUUCACUGUAGUCGUGGAGAAUGUUCCCUGUGGUCUGGGAAGGGUGACCUGUACCAAGUCCAUCCUGUUCACCCUGCUGGAUGUGCAAAUAUCCAUGGUGAGGGGCUCAGAUAUUGUCAUUACCCCUGCACCACCUGCACCCACACAGGCCCAGUACCGCUUUGUACGGUCAGGCAUCUUUCUCAUCAUCAAUACCAGGCAUGGGAUCACAGUGAUAUGGGAUUAUGGCACGUCCAUAUACGUCACUGUAGACGGCACCUUCAAAGGCCGUGUCUGUGGCCUGUGCGGUGAUUUUGAUGACAAUGCCCAAAAUGACUUCCGAACCCCGACUGGCGAGUUGGAGGCCACGGCUAAUGCCUUUGGCCACAGCUGGAAGACUAUCGAGAGCUGCCCUCUACCCCCGCCUCCGGUCCACCCUUGUGAUUUGAAUCCUGAGCGACGUGACUGGGCACAGUUUGCUUGCAGCAUCAUCCUGAAAUCUGUCUUUGAGCCUUGUCAUGAUUUGGUGGACCCUCAACCCUUCUACGACAACUGUGUCUUCGAUAGCUGUGGCUGUGACCGUGGUGGUGAUUGCGAGUGUCUGUGUACUGCCAUCACUAAUUAUGCUGAUAUUUGUAACUCAUUGAAUGCGCCAGUACCUUGGCGAUCCGAUGGCAACUGCGGUUUGCAAUGUGAAAAUGGCAUGGAGUACCAAGCCUGCGGGAAGGUCUGUGCUGAUACAUGCUACGAAAACCCCGAAAUAGAGGAGGAAGAUUAUGGUUGUGAAAUGCAUUGCGUGGAGGGCUGCCACUGCCCCGAAGGCACCAAGCUGUGGAAGGGCGAGUGUGUGGAUGACAUCCAGUGCCCAUGCAUGUACAACAACCAAGAGGUAGAGCCAGGAUUCGUUGUCAUCGAGGACUGUAGGAGAUGUGAAUGCAUUGAGGGCAACAUGACAUGCAGCGGGUCUACUUGUACAACACCAUUCACUCCUUCAUCAACAACUUUGUUUGUGUCAACAACUCCCUUGGUCUCAACGACACCUUUGGGUUCCACAACUAGACUGGUUCCAACAACCCCAUUGCAUUCCACAACACCAUUGCGUUCCACAACGCCAUUGCGUUCCACAACGCCAUUGCGUUUCACAACGCCAUUGCGUUCCACAACGCCAUGCUCUUGCCUUCCUGGUGAGUUCACAUGCUACGACUGCUCCAGGUGCAUAUCUAUCGAUGAUGUGUGCGAUGGCAUCAACAAUUGCGACGAUUUUUCAGAUGAAGAAAGCUGUGAGUGUUUCUAUGGCGGCAAAAACUAUACCGUGAACCAGCAGUUUCCAGGAAAUGGUUCAUGUGAGGUCUGCAAAUGUGACAUUGGUUCAUCCACACCAAAUUGUGAGAAAAUAUGUGCCAUCACUUGCGCAACAGGCGAAGACUUGUAUUUAAAUGAAAAUGACACCACAAAGUGCUGCGAAUGCAAACCACCGGUUCCUCCAACAACAGUAGCUGUUACAACAAGAGCAGCAAGCACAACCAUUGAAACAACAACUGAGGUGGUGUGUGAUGAAAACCUGGACAGAUCCAAUGAAGUGUCUGUGAGCAGAACUACUGAGAGUGGUGCCUCUAUUGGUCCAGAAGACGCAUGGAGGCCAAGCAGCCCUCCUAACCCAUCAAUGCCAUACUCAGGGUCCUCCUUGAGGGUGACUUUUACUCCAAGAGUUAAUGUGACAUCUGUCACAAUCCACAAGGAUAGUGGAAACUCUGGACUAACUGAGGUGGCAUUUAAAUUCAAACCAUAUGAGAGGACUGACCUGAUACCCCUAUUGGACCCAGAAGGUUCAUCGGUAUUUGUGGGCACUUUUGGACAAAAGAUUCUACUUUCUGAUGGCCCGCUAUCCAUGGUGGAGGUGGAAGUCUACAUCAUCAAUCCAGACGCCAAUGACAACUUCUUUGUGGUAUUUAACGGCUGUGCACUUCCUGUCCCUCCAACUACAGUAGCUGUUCCAACAACUACAGCAGCAAGCACAACCAUUGAAACAACAACUGAGGUGGUGUGUGAUGAAAACCUGGACAGAUCCAAUGAAGUGUCUGUGAGCAGAACUACUGAGAGUGGUGCCUCUAUUGGUCCAGAAGACGCAUGGAGGCCAAGCAGCCCUCCUAACCCGUCAAUGCCAUACUCAGGGUCCUCCUUGAGGGUGACUUUUACUCCAAGAGUUAAUGUGACAUCUGUCACAAUCCACAAGGAUAGUGGAAACUCUGGACUAACUGAGGUGGCAUUUAAAUUCAAACCAUAUGAGAGGACUGACCUGAUACCCCUAUUGGACCCAGAAGGUUCAUCGGUAUUUGUGGGCACUUUUGGACAAAAGAUUCUACUUUCUGAUGGCCCGCUAUCCAUGGUGGAGGUGGAAGUCUACAUCAUCAAUCCAGACGCCAAUGACAACUUCUUUGUGGUAUUUAACGGCUGUGCACUUCCUGUCCCUCCAACUACAGUAGCUGUUCCAACAACUACAGCAGCAAGCACAACCAUUGAAACAACAACUGAGGUGGUGUGUGAUGAAAACCUGGACAGAUCCAAUGAAGUGUCUGUGAGCAGAACUACUGAGAGUGGUGCCUCUAUUGGUCCAGAAGACGCAUGGAGGCCAAGCAGCCCUCCUAACCCAUCAAUGCCAUACUCAGGGUCCUCCUUGAGGGUGACUUUUACUCCAAGAGUUAAUGUGACAUCUGUCACAAUCCACAAGGAUAGUGGAAACUCUGGACUAACUGAGGUGGCAUUUAAAUUCAAACCAUAUGAGAGGACUGACCUGAUACCCCUAUUGGACCCAGAAGGUUCAUCGGUAUUUGUGGGCACUUUUGGACAAAAGAUUCUACUUUCUGAUGGCCCGCUAUCCAUGGUGGAGGUGGAAGUCUACAUCAUCAAUCCAGACGCCAAUGACAACUUCUUUGUGGUAUUUAACGGCUGUGCACUUCCUGUCCCUCCAACUACAGUAGCUGUUCCAACAACUACAGCAGCAAGCACAACCAUUGAAACAACAACUGAGGUGGUGUGUGAUGAAAACCUGGACAGAUCCAAUGAAGUGUCUGUGAGCAGAACUACUGAGAGUGGUGCCUCUAUUGGUCCAGAAGACGCAUGGAGGCCAAGCAGCCCUCCUAACCCAUCAAUGCCAUACUCAGGGUCCUCCUUGAGGGUGACUUUUACUCCAAGAGUUAAUGUGACAUCUGUCACAAUCCACAAGGAUAGUGGAAACUCUGGACUAACUGAGGUGGCAUUUAAAUUCAAACCAUAUGAGAGGACUGACCUGAUACCCCUAUUGGACCCAGAAGGUUCAUCGGUAUUUGUGGGCACUUUUGGACAAAAGAUUCUACUUUCUGAUGGCCCGCUAUCCAUGGUGGAGGUGGAAGUCUACAUCAUCAAUCCAGACGCCAAUGACAACUUCUUUGUGGUAUUUAACGGCUGUGCACUUCCUGUCCCUCCAACUACAGUAGCUGUUCCAACAACUACAGCAGCAAGCACAACCAUUGAAACAACAACUGAGGUGGUGUGUGAUGAAAACCUGGACAGAUCCAAUGAAGUGUCUGUGAGCAGAACUACUGAGAGUGGUGCCUCUAUUGGUCCAGAAGACGCAUGGAGGCCAAGCAGCCCUCCUAACCCAUCAAUGCCAUACUCAGGGUCCUCCUUGAGGGUGACUUUUACUCCAAGAGUUAAUGUGACAUCUGUCACAAUCCACAAGGAUAGUGGAAACUCUGGACUAACUGAGGUGGCAUUUAAAUUCAAACCAUAUGAGAGGACUGACCUGAUACCCCUAUUGGACCCAGAAGGUUCAUCGGUAUUUGUGGGCACUUUUGGACAAAAGAUUCUACUUUCUGAUGGCCCGCUAUCCAUGGUGGAGGUGGAAGUCUACAUCAUCAAUCCAGACGCCAAUGACAACUUCUUUGUGGUAUUUAACGGCUGUGCACUUCCUGUCCCUCCAACUACAGUAGCUGUUCCAACAACUACAGCAGCAAGCACAACCAUUGAAACAACAACUGAGGUGGUGUGUGAUGAAAACCUGGACAGAUCCAAUGAAGUGUCUGUGAGCAGAACUACUGAGAGUGGUGCCUCUAUUGGUCCAGAAGACGCAUGGAGGCCAAGCAGCCCUCCUAACCCAUCAAUGCCAUACUCAGGGUCCUCCUUGAGGGUGACUUUUACUCCAAGAGUUAAUGUGACAUCUGUCACAAUCCACAAGGAUAGUGGAAACUCUGGACUAACUGAGGUGGCAUUUAAAUUCAAACCAUAUGAGAGGACUGACCUGAUACCCCUAUUGGACCCAGAAGGUUCAUCGGUAUUUGUGGGCACUUUUGGACAAAAGAUUCUACUUUCUGAUGGCCCGCUAUCCAUGGUGGAGGUGGAAGUCUACAUCAUCAAUCCAGACGCCAAUGACAACUUCUUUGUGGUAUUUAACGGCUGUGCACUUCCUGUCCCUCCAACUACAGUAGCUGUUCCAACAACUACAGCAGCAAGCACAACCAUUGAAACAACAACUGAGGUGGUGUGUGAUGAAAACCUGGACAGAUCCAAUGAAGUGUCUGUGAGCAGAACUACUGAGAGUGGUGCCUCUAUUGGUCCAGAAGACGCAUGGAGGCCAAGCAGCCCUCCUAACCCAUCAAUGCCAUACUCAGGGUCCUCCUUGAGGGUGACUUUUACUCCAAGAGUUAAUGUGACAUCUGUCACAAUCCACAAGGAUAGUGGAAACUCUGGACUAACUGAGGUGGCAUUUAAAUUCAAACCAUAUGAGAGGACUGACCUGAUACCCCUAUUGGACCCAGAAGGUUCAUCGGUAUUUGUGGGCACUUUUGGACAAAAGAUUCUACUUUCUGAUGGCCCGCUAUCCAUGGUGGAGGUGGAAGUCUACAUCAUCAAUCCAGACGCCAAUGACAACUUCUUUGUGGUAUUUAACGGCUGUGCACUUCCUGAGCGGACUACAACAACUGCCCCGUCUACAUCUGGCCCCACUACAACAUCACCAGUUUGUCAGUAUCCAUUGCUGAUGGAUCCGGAUGGGCAGAUUGCACGAAAUAUUUCAUUCACCGAUGGCAACAUACCAGUGGACAACAAUGACCCAUCACUGGGGUUGCUCAAUGGAACAGCAUGGACUUUUACUGCAGAACAUGGUUUGAUUAAAGUGCAGUUUGACGAGCUUCGUAGAUUGACUGCUGUCACUGUUAUUGAUACGGGAGAUGGUCAACAAGUGGAGGACUUAAUAGUGCACUUGAUAUACAGAAAUACUGUCUCUGGUAAUUUACAGUAUGUGAAGUCCUUGGAUGGAGAUGAGACCUUUUCAGUGGAUCGGGAGACACCAACAGUCCAAAAGUUCAAAGACAGUGUGGUUACGGAUGAGGUAUAUGUGUACAUCUACAACUCAAGUCACAUUCCAAAAGUGCGCGUCGAGAUUUAUGGAUGCCCACUCAUAACUCAACCGACAUCAGCACAACCAACAACAACAAGAGAGGUAGUUGUAACUACAACUGAAGUUGUAACCACGGUCAUCACUACAACAGCUGAGCAAACGACCACUGAGAUAACAGUGACACCCUAUAGCACAACAGUGACACAAUAUUGUCAGACUGGAUCCACUCUAAUACCAAAUGAAUGCCAAACCUGUGUCUGUGAAAACAACACAUAUUAUUGCUACAAAGAUUGCCACAAGACCUGUCAGCCGGGAGAACAACGUGUUGAAUAUGAUGAUCCUGAUAGGUGCUGUGAGUGUGUACCAACAACAACACCAAUACUGACAACAAUACCAAUUAGCACAACAGAAGUGUGCAUGGACCCAUACCAUCAUGGUGAGCCUACAUGCUGCAUGCAUGUUGUGGUGUGCACAGUUCCACCUGUGUACUCAGGAUCAGAAUACUGCAAUGCCUGCAAACCACCCAAGGUCUUCAACGGUACUCAUUGCGUCCUGCCACCAGAAUGCCUUUGCUAUGAUGAAAGUGGUUAUCACAAGCCUGGUGAUAAGUGGGAUGACCCAAAUCUAAACUGCAGUGAGUGUAUCUGCUUCAAUAAUUCCAUCCCCUGUUUUCCUGAGACCUGCCCAACAGUGACUUGCCAGUGCUACUGCUGA